AUGGUGCAGUGCAAGAAAUGUAAACUAUUUCUAUCUAUGAACAAAGAUGACGUUAUUAAGUGCAAAGGUGAUUGUGAUGGUGUAUUCCAUAAAAAAUGCGUGCGUAAUAAUAAGCAGUUGGCGCUAAAGGAGAUAUGUGAAGAAUGCUUGAAAAAUGAGAGGAGCCCACCGCAAAAUAAAGACACGAACUCCAGCUCUAAAAUAACUGUGAACCCAUGUGAAACAUCAGGUGAAAAAAUCUUAGAAGAAGUAAACAAAAAGCUAGAAGUGAUUUACAACAUGGAAAAAAAGUUAACUGAACUCACAGACACUGUUGACUUUUAUGCAGAAAUGUACCAAGAGAUGAGUAACUUUAAGGAAGCCGCAGAAAAAAAGAUUAAAUCUCUCGAACAAAAGAAUGUAUUUCUAGAAAAGUACAACAGGGCUCUGGAAGAAAGGGUGGAAGAACUAGAAAUGAAGGAGAAAGAAAAAUGCUUAGAAAUAUGUGGUUUAGAGAAUAUACCUAACGAAAAUACCAAGCAAGUUGUGCAAGAGGUGGCGAAAUUAUUGCAAGUUAAUCCGGAAGAUAUUGAAGACGCGGAGAGGGUAGGCAAAGAAAAAGAUGGAGACCAAAGACCGAGGAUAAUUAAAGUCAAACUACGAACGAAAAACGCACGGAUCAAGUGGAUGGCAGCGAAGAAGGAGCAUACCGUCACUAAUAGUAAAUUGCAUUCCAACGGCAGCGACAAAAGAAUCUAUAUUAACGAAGAUCUACCUAAACAGAAACGGAGAUACAAAUAUGACCUUCUGAAUAAUGAAAGGAGUCCAGCGACUACGAGUUACAAAAACACCCUGUGCGAAUGCGGCCUGCACAGUGCGAUUCCCGGAAACGAAGCGACGCGCGAGCCAUCGUUAAAGGAGGAGCAGACGUCGUGCUUGGACACGUGUGGGUGCGAGAGAGACGGAGUAUGGACUUCGCGGCCUAUGUCCUUGAACUUUAUAGAUAAAAUAUUUGAAAAAGUAAUUGUUGGCCAAAUAAACACUUUCUUGGAACGUAAUAACAUACUGUCCGAUGCUCAGCACGGCUUUAGAAAAGAACGCAGCACAGCCACAGCACUGACCCGGUUUGCGGACUUUGUCAAUGAGAGUCUUAAUUUAGGUAAGCAGCUCAUAGCAUUAUUUAUAGACUAUAAAAAAGCCUUCGAUACGCUUGACCAUCACGUGUUGCUACAAGCAAUGGAAGAUUGUGGCAUUCGCGGUCCCACUAAUGAAUGGUUCAAGAAUUAUCUUACCAAUAGAAAGAUUCGUACUGUAGUAAACGGAGUAGCGGGGGAGGAGGCUCCUGUUGACAUGGGUGUGCCGACCGGAUCAGUGUUCGGACCAGUAGGCUAUAUAAUGCAUGUGAAUAGUGUAAUUAACGUUGUAAGCAGAUGUCGCGUGUAUAUGUAUGCCGAUGACAUGUGCCUAUUGUAUGCGUCGAAAGAUCUGACCGAGGCCCAGGAGAGUAUUCAAUCCGACUUUGAAAGAAUAACGCAAUGGGCACAUGACAACGGUAUAAUCUUAAAUAUUCAAAAAACCAAGUACAUGCAUAUAUACUCACCGUAUAAUAACCGUGCUAAGGCCGCUGAUGACAGCAGCAUAG